AUGCUGGCAUUCGAACCGCCGAGGCAGCAGCAAACUCCAUACUUCCAGCAUUUCACCAUGGAUCCUGCGUUGACCGAGCCCUUUACCUUUCACGUGGACUUGAGUGGCUUCGGACAAGGUCCCAAUUCCUCACGACUGCCCCAGUCAACUUAUUACGAUACUCCGUCGGUUGAUGCAUAUUCCGAUACCAAUAAAGCGACCAACUUCCCGCCGAUGCCGGCUACUCCACCCUCCGCCCCAAUCUCUCGUUCCUCCGAACCUUUCAUGCCGGGUCUUUCCACGGCCUCUGGUCCUUCAAUCGCAAGUGCUUCGUCUUCUGCUAUAGGCUCCCCUUACUCAGGAACUGCCCCGGCUAUUCACGAGAACUGGGUAGACACUAAUCACGGUCUGGGACUACCGGCUGCGGUCAUGAGUGACCUCUUGAAUGAAUGCACUGGCAACUCACUGGACAUGGAAAUUCUCUAUUCAAAGAAGAACUCAGAUGACUAUGUUGACCCUUCUUUGAUUGAGAGAUUACAACCACAAACGAACAUUCCUCAAUCUUCUAUGCCAUACCCUGAGCAGCCGAACUACGGCUAUCAUGGGUUACUUCCUCAGUCCCCCGAGCUUCCCUAUCUUCCCCAAGCCGAAGAGUAUCAUACACAGCCGGUUGCGCAGCAGCUCAAUCACAUCCCGAUGUCCUCCCCACUGAUCAAUAACCGGAGAUCCUCCAUCUCCUCUGACCGUUCCCGUCGCUCGCAGCUGAGUCCGGCUGCUAGUGACGCAUCUCUUGAUGAUGAGACCAAGGAGAAGGGACGGUGCCCCCACCCUGACUGCGGACGCGUCUUCAAAGAUUUGAAGGCCCAUUUACUAACCCAUCGGUCGGAGAGGCCCGAGAAAUGCCCCAUUGUUAACUGUCCAUAUCAUAUCAAGGGCUUCGCUCGUAAAUAUGACAAGAAUCGUCAUACUCUUAUUCAUUACAAAGGAACAAUGGUCUGCGGCUUUUGUCCAGGAUCUGGGUCACCGGCGGAAAAGAGCUUCAAUAGAGCAGACGUCUUCAAGCGCCACUUGACUUCGGUGCAUGGCGUGGAACAAACACCACCAAAUUGCCGGAAGAAGAGCUCAGCUUCGCCUAACAAGGCUAUCGCAGGGUAUCGCAAAGACGAGGCUAAAUGCUCCACAUGCGCUUCUACCUUCGACAACGCUCAGGAAUUUUACGAGCACUUGGACGACUGUGUUCUCCAAGUUGUGCAGCGGGAGCAACCUAGUGAGGCUAUCAACCGGAAACGCCUGGCUGAAGUCGACGAGGACGAGGAGGUGAAGAAAACCAUGGAGAAGCAUAAGCUGCUCGAUACGGCUGGUACCGUUGAUCGAUACGAUGACGAAAGUGACGACGAUGAAGAUGAUUCAAAUGAGUUUCUGUCUGUCCGGCGAUCCGCCAACAGCACUAUGAAAGGCGGCAGAGGCAGCUCUUCCGCCCGUGUUACCCUAGGAAACAGUGCUGUUACCAAGCGCCCAACUGCCUCGAAGCGGCGGAAUAACCGUGAUCGUUACCCCCAAUCCUGGGGUUGCCCCAGAAGCAGCAUCAACCUCAAAAGGCGCGUUCUGUGUGUGUAUGAUGGUCAACGCAGCCUGUGGAAGGAUGAAAUGAUGCUGAAAAACGAGCAUGAAGUCCGUAUAAAUCUUCCUGGUGGCGCUGGAGACGGCACUAAUCGAGAGGCAUAUGUGACGGAUCUGGACGUCCUAACUUUGGAGCGCGCGGAAGGCAUCCUGAACGCUACUGAAGAAGAACGGGGUCCUUGGCUAGAUGGGCCCUCUUCAAAGAUGAUUGGGCGACCGGCCAUUGCCAUGUCCAGUCUGUCCCAUCCUUAUGAAGGAGAGGUAGAUAUUGAUGAGUUGGUGUCUUGA